CCCAUUUUAGUGAUGAAGUAGUUUAUUCAAAAACAUUAGUCUCGGUAUCCGAAUCCACCACGCUCGUAAACACACUCGGAUGUGGAAUGGAUUUCGAGUAGAUUCUGGUUUUGAUCCUCUUUGCCCUUUUCCUUCACUGGGUUCGAGUAGAUCCGCUCGUCUCUGGAAUGGAUUUCGUUCAAGCUCCUUUCUCAACGGUGUAAUCUCCCCUCCAUUUCUUCAAGUUGUGGCGUUGAACUCAAUUCUAGGGAGUUGGAGUCUGAAGGCAUCGUCAAAAUGGAAUUUUAGUGGCGAACCGUGCAGUGGUGCUGCAGUGGAUGAAACUAGCAUAGAUAAUGCCGACUUCAACCCAGGAAUCAAAUGCGACUGCGGUUUCAGCAACAACACCUGCCAUAUCACUAAGCUAAAGGUAUUUUCCUUGGAUGUGACCGGACCUAUUCCGCUAGAGCUGCAGAAUCUACCCUACCUCACUAAUUUAAAUUUAGGGAAGAACUGCCUCACUGGUCCUCUGCCUGCAUUUUUUGGGAAUUUUACUGGGAUGGAAUACUUGACUGUAGGGGUUAAUGACUUGUCAGGGCCAAUACCAAAGGAACUUGGGAACCUUCAGAAGUUGAUCUCUCUGGGUUUGGGAAACAAUAACUUCACUGGUUCUAUUCCUGCAGAAUUUGGGAAUUUGACCAACCUAGAACAAUUGUAUGUGGAUAGUGCUGGACUUAGCGGUGAACUACCUCCAACUCUGUCUGAUCUUAAAACCUUGAUGAUAUUGCGGGCUUCAGACAAUAGUUUCACAGGAAGAAUACCUGAUUACAUAGGGGGAUGGAGCAACCUAAUCAGCUUGCGCCUCCAAGGUAACUCCUUUGAAGGUCCACUUCCUGCAACAUUUUCUAACCUCACCCAAAUGACUGAACUAAGAAUAGGAGAGAUAAUAAAUGGGAGCUCUUCUUUGGAAUUUAUUAGUAACUUGACAUCUUUGAGCACUUUAGUGUUAAGAAACUGCAAGAUUUCUGAUUCUAUUCCACAAGACUUCUCACGAUACACAAGUUUAAAGGAUCUAGAUUUGAGUUUCAACAAUAUAACAGGCCAAGUUCCUCAAUCUCUCUUCAGUUUAAGUUCACUUCAAUACUUAUUCCUUGGCAACAACAGCCUAUCUGGUAACCUACCAGCGGAAAAGAGUAAUUCAUUAAUGAACAUUGACCUAUCAUACAAUUAUUUAUCAGGAAGCUUCCCCUCUUGGGUUAAUCAACAUAAUCUAGAAUUGAACUUGGUGGCAAACAACUUUGUUAUUGAUGCUUCAAACAGCAGCAGCCAAUUGCCUUUGGGGUUAAAAUGCCUUCAGCGUGAUAUCCCAUGCAAUCGUGGUUCUCCAAACUAUUAUUCCUUUGGUAUAUUAUGUGGAGGUAGUAGUCCGGUUAAAUCUUCUGAUGACACUGUGUAUGAGACAGACAAUGCAAAUCUCUCAAGUGCAUCAUACUAUGUGACAGACCCAGUUAAAUGGGGUAUCAGCAGUGUUGGAAAUUUUUUAGAUGCUGCCAAUGCUAAUUAUAUAAUUAACCUUGCAACUGUAUUCGAGAAUACUCUAGACCCAGAUCUAUUUCACAAUGCUAGAAUGUCUCCAUCUUCACUGCGAUAUUAUGGUUUUGGUCUUCAAAAUGGAAAUUACUCCAUCAAGCUUCAAUUCUCAGAGUUUAUGAUCCUUGGACCAACUACUUGGAAAAGUUUGGGUAGAAGGGUUUUCGAUAUCUAUAUUCAGGGUGAUCUUAGAGAAAAGGACUUUGAUAUAAGAAAGGAAGCUGGUGGGAGAUCUUUUAGAGCUGUUGUUAAGGAAUACAUUUCUCCAGUAACAAACAAUUUUCUUGAAAUCCAUUUCUUUUGGGCUGGAAAGGGUACUUGCUGCACACCGUAUAGAGGAUAUUAUGGCCCUUCCAUCUCUGCUAUCAGUGUAUACCCUCAUGAUUUUACACCCACUGUAUCAAACAUACCAUAUACAGCAAGCCCUGAAAAUGGUCCUAAGCAUAAGGGUUUAAUUGCUGGUGUUUUGGCUGGUGUUGCUGUUGUAGUGUUCUUAGCUAUAUGUGCAACCUUUAUGUUAAUUCAAAGACAUAAAAGGAUAAAUGAACAAUCUAAAGUAUUAAAAGGACUAGAUGUGAAACCUUACACCUUUAGUUAUGCUGAACUGAGGGCUGCAACCGAAGACUUCAAUCCUGCCAAUAUAUUGGGAGAAGGAGGUUUUGGCCCAGUGUUUAAGGCUAACAUGCAGGGCACACUGAGCAAUGGAAGAAAAGUAGCCGUUAAGAAACUCUCAGCAACGUCUUACCAAGGAAAGGCCCAAUUCUUGACAGAGAUUGCAGUUAUAUCUGCUGUGCAACAUCGAAACCUUGUAAAAUUGCACGGCUGCUGUGUCGAUGAAGAAAACCGGAUUUUGGUGUAUGAGUACCUAGAAAACUGUAGCCUUGAUCAAAUAAUUUUUGGGAAGAGAGAUUUACACCUUGAUUGGCCAAAGCGUUUCAAUAUAUUAUUGGGUGUAGCAAAAGGUUUAACUUAUCUCCACGAGGAAUCAAGCGUUCGUAUUGUGCAUAGAGAUGUCAAAGCUAGUAAUAUUCUACUUGAUGCCGAUCUUAACCCUAAAAUCUCAGACUUCGGUCUAGCUAAGCUCUAUGAUGACAAGAUUUCUCACAUUAGCACAAGGGUUGCUGGUACAAUUGGCUAUCUGGCACCGGAGUAUGCCCUGAGAGGGCAUCUUACCGAGAAAGCUGAUGUCUUUGCUUUCGGAGUGCUGGCAUUGGAGGUUGUUAGCGGAAGGCCCAACUCUGAUCGACUUGAUCAAGAGACAAUUUACCUUCUUGAAUGGGCCUGGAAUCUACAUGAGAACAAUCAAAAAAUAGAGGCGGUGGAUCGAAGCCUAACAUCAUUUGACGAGGAAGAGGUCAACCGGGUCAUUGGAGUAGCUCUACUUUGUACCCAAGCAUUACCAGCGCAUCGACCACCGAUGUCACGGGUCGUGGCUAUGCUUGUUGGGGAUCUAGAAAUCAUGGAUGUGACCGAGAGGCCUUCUUAUUUGCUCCUGUGGCAAAGUAGGGAUGUGAGCAGCAGCUCUAUAACCCCCGGGAAUUCUGAUGCUUCGUACCGAAAACAUGGAACAGAGCGAUCUAGCUCGAGCUUUCCAGUUUGGAGCACUGACAGUGUGGAAACCAGAAUUUUGUCUGUCGAAUCGAUUGGAAAUACUAGCAUCGACGAGGGAAGGUGAACUGGAUCGCUAUGGCUCAGACUUCUGUUAAUUCAAGGUUCGACUCUGUUAUACUGAAUUCAUGAUCGUAUCAACUGAAUUUCUAAUUUGUAUGGUUUGCUAAAUUUCUAAUUUGUAUGAUUUGCUCAAGUUUGUAGAGUGAAUUAUAUUACAUGUUUGAGUUCAUGACCACCAAUUCCAACAUACAUACAUGUACUAGAGAUUAAAUUAGUUAGAAAAUCUCUUUUAAAAUUGAAAAUUGAUAUAAAUAUUGUGUUGCAUUAUAGGUAAGGGAAAAAAAUGGAAAAAAUAGUUGAGUUUACAAUUUUUUUCCUAAAUAUUUUCUGAAAUUUGAGAUUGUUGAAAGCAAGAAGUAGGACAAAGCGUGUAUCAUCAACCUUCAUUUACCAUAUUUUCCAUGGUUUAAUUAAUUUCAAGUCAACCCUUCGUCGAUCUACGCUUUCUCCCGCACUACUGAUUGGUCAUAAUUUGAUAACACAACUAGCGAUGAGGACCAUUAUCUUUGAUCAAUAAUUCACAAAGAAUCUUUGCUCCAAAAGAGUGGCUUUGACUUUAGACAUAUCCUUUCUUCUGCUUUCGGUGCUGGGUGGAUGGAAGUCAACGGUCAACUCCACUCAAUUCGGCUACAUAAAUCUGGGAAACAACGAGCCUAAUUCAAUCAGUGAAGGAAAGAAGAGGGCGAGGAGUAGUGCAACUCAUGGGGAGGAGGAAGGAGGAUGGAGUGCCAAAAGGCUAUGUGCCGAUGAUCGUCGGAAAAGAAAAAGAGGAGAGAUUUUUGGUGCCCACUAAACUCUUAAAGGAUCCGUUUUUCGCAGCGUUGCUGAAAAUGGCCGAGCAGGAGUUUGGGUACGCGCAGCCAGGAGUUCUUCGCAUCCCGUGUGAGACUGAACAAUUCAGAUCAGUGGUCGAUGCCGCAACUAAGAAGGCCAAAUCGUAGCGUUUCAUUUUCUUUCUCAAUGCAAUUGUCCGAUGCUAGGAUCUUUGAUCAAAUCAAAUUUUCAGAAAUUUAUGAGUAAUUAGAGAAGAUUUUGUACACGAGUUAACGGUUAAAGUUAUACAGAUAUUUGUAUAUGCACUCGAGAAAAAUGAAAGUGUCUAUUUCUUCCA